AUGGUGCAUAUGCCCCUCGUCCACCGCCAAGUCGCCGCCCCGAAGAAUGGAACGGCAUCGGCAAACCCUUCCUCCUCAGCCCCCGCCAACGUGAAGACGCAGUUGUCGUCCUCGCUUCCGCCACCGCGCACGCCUACUCCGACACAGUCACCCAAGGCGACGACGUCGACCACACAUGCCCUCCCGUUAGCGGUGGGCACGUCGUCGGUAUCAGUCCCGAAGGGCGUGCUUCUGAGCAACGGAACGGCGGCGGUCGGACCGCUGUUAUCGACGAGCCCAGUACAGCCGACAACAUCGGCGACGUCUUCGUUCAUCGAGGAGGAGGACAUCAGUAUCGAUAUCACCGAGAUUGUUGCCAUCCCCACCUCGACCCCGCCACCGACACCAACACCCUCUGCUUCGUCCGGUACCACGACAGUUCCGCCGAUAGCGCACACGAGCCUUCCGCCAGCGUCCAGUUCGUCCGCCGCCCCGUCGGGCACAGGCAUGCUGGACACUGGUGCGUUGAUCGGUAUCAUCGUAGCCGGUAGUGUGAUUGCACUCUCGCUCUUAGGUCUGUGCAUUGCGUGCGGCGUCCGUGUCCGGCGCAGCAAGCGCACUCACGCCCACCUCGACGACCUCCCCGCCAUUCGCGCCGAGUACCCGCACCCCGUCCGGCCAAUGACACAGGUGACGCAGGUGACGCUCCCCGAAGCACGGGACAGCGUCUACACUCGCCGCGACCUUGCGCCGCCCCGCGCCGCAGAGUUCGCUCCCCCGAUGAGGAGCCAUGCGGCAUUCGGUGCACCGCGCAUGUCCCGUGCCACGACGACGUCGGCGUGGACGGACCACAGCGAGGCGGACGCCUUUGCCCAUGACGGAAGCACGAUCGCGCGCACACUCUCGACCGUCUCACGGCCGAACUCGGAGUACGACCUCGAGAACGACCCUGGGGCCACCUUCCGCGCCUGCCCCGGUACGCCCGGCACGUUUGGCCUCCCGGCCUCUUCCUCUUUCGGCCCGUACUCUCACUCGAACGCGAACAGCCUCGACCUCGGACCGGCCAUCAGCGCCGGCGCGGCUGCUUAUGCGGGCUACGCGGGAUCGAACUAUGCGACGACGAGCUCGGGCUACGCGACCAACUCGGGCUAUGCUACGAACUCGGGAUACUCUGGCUACCAGUCCUCGGGUCCCAGCUAUGCCAACACGUACCAGUCCUCUUCGCUCGCGGGGCCCAGCUUCGUCGCGCAGGAUCAGCCGGGGCAGCAGCGCGUCCCCGCACCGCGGUUACUCGUGGACACGAAGCGGACUCUCGCCGAGAAUCCCUCCAGCCCCUUCUACGAGGGUCCCGUCGCCGGACCGAGCCACUCCCAAUCACGCCCGCAGACGGAGUACACGCAGAUUCUGUCGCCAUCUUCCUCGACCGGCAUGGGUACGCUCGGCGGUAUGGGCACGAUGAGCUCGGCCGCGUCGCCUUUGAGCCCGACAAGCACGAGUGGAUUCAACCAGCCCCAGGCGAGCGGCUCUGGACUCCAGCGCGGCCCAACAAUCAUCCGACAUGCCGACGCCGGAGCGUUCGCCGACGCCGUGCCAGAUGACCGCAGCGAGGUCCACCUCCCCCCAGCCUAUGGGGACAUCUACGGCCCGCCGGCGGCGUAG